UUUUUCAGCUUUAAAAUAAGCUUUGUUUUGGUUCACGUUUUAGGACUAUUCGCACAUGCGUCGUAAGCGUUUUAUGUUUUGGUUCAUUCGGAAUUGAUUCUGAAUGUUUACACAUCUGUUUUGGUUUCUAGCUGGGACUGGUUCUGGACCGUUCUAGGAUCGUCCUAGCGAUUCGCGCCUCUCAGUAGGGACGGUUUACGAAUUAACAGUUCGCACAUGCGCAAACAAUAAUAAUCUUGUAAAACCAAAAUAUUUUCUUUUUAUAUUUUUUAAAAAGGCAGGAAAGAUCGAAGAAGACAAUUACCCAACAAUUACCUAUCAUGGAUGCUUCAGUUUUAAUGGAACUGAUCUGUUCAAGCAGUAGCAGUGAGGAAAGUUCGGAUGAUGAAAAUUUUUUAAAAGUAGUUUUGCCCGAAGUUCUGGAGCACCACCAGAAGAAUGAAAAUUAUGCUGAAAUAAUUAUGCCAAUGUACACAGAAAAAGAGUUUGCUGAACAUUUUAAGGUGCCAAGAAGUCUUAUUGCAGAACUUGCUGCAGAGUUUGAAGAUUCUGUAUACUACCCAAAAAAAGAAACAGGGUUUCCAAGAAUAGGUGCACCAAAAUGUCUUUGUGUUUUUGUUUGGUAUGCGACACAUGAAGCUGCUUCAUUCCGAGAUGUUAGCGACAGGUUUAAUAUAGCAGUUAGUACUCUCCACAAUAUUAUUUACAAUGUGGCUCAUUUCUUAAGCUACAAGUCAAAUGAAAUAAUCACUUGGCCAACAGAACAGGAAAAAGUUGGAAUAGAACAAGAUUUUUUGGAAAUGGGGUUUCCAGGUGUCAUUGGAUGUAUGGAUGGUUCCCAUGUAAGGAUUGAUCAGCCCAAAAAUGAUCCUGAAAGUUACUUGAAUCGAAAGAAAUUCUAUUCAAUCCAGUUUCAGGUGGUUUGUGACUCAAAAAAAAGAAUUCGGGAUAUCUUUAUUGGCUUCCCAGGAUCGGUCCAUGAUGCAAGAGUGUUUAGCAACUCCCCUUUAUAUCAGUCAUUAAAUCAAAAAUGUGGAGAAAAAGUAAUUUUAGCAGACAGCGCCUAUCCAUGUCUCAGAAACAUUCUGACACCAUAUAAAGACAACGGUCAUCUCAGUGCCACAGAAAAAAAUUAUAAUUAUAAGUUGAGCCACUGUCGUAUUAUAAUUGAGCACACUUUUGGUAAUUUAAAGCAAAAAUUCAGACAAUUAUACCAUUUAAAAUUACGUGGUGAGGUUCUAAUAUGCCAUUUUAUUAGAGCAUGUUGCGUGCUAUACAAUUUAUCUUUAAAUAAAGAAGACGUUGAAGAAGUUCAACAAGAAGAGGGUCAUCCAAAUAUUCAAAACCAGCACCAAGUGGAGGAUAAUAUUGCCGGACAAGCCUAUCGCAAUUAUGUUGCAGCUGAAUUGUAUAUUCAAUAAAAAAAAUAGUUUAGUUUUGGAUACGUUAGUUGCUAGUAAAAGUCAUUAUACUGAAAAGCUUAUUAUUUAUUUAAAAAAAUAAAGACUACUCCAG